AUGUCCACGUCGCCCCCCGUCGCCAGCAAGGCCCCGGGCCAGCCCGAGAAGCCGCGCCUGACCGAGGAGGAGAAGAAGAACAACCACAUCGCCUCCGAGCAGAAGCGCCGCCAGGCCAUCCGCCAGGGCUUCGACCGCCUGGCCUCCAUUGUGCCCGGCAUGGAGGGCCAGGGCCGGAGCGAAGCCAUCGUCCUCGACGCCACCGUGAAGUACAUGAGAGAGCAGUAUGCUGAACAGCAGAGAUUAGUCGAGGCUGCCCGCGCCAAGGGCAUCGACCCUGCCAGCAUUCCGGGCUUGCCUGAGAGCUACAAGGACACGCUCGACACGCAGACCGCAAGGGAUGCCGCUGCAUUGGACGAAGCCACCAACGGCAAGCGCAAGCACCAGAACGGCGGCGUCGACUGA